AGCUCCCGGCGGGAGAGAUACGGAAACGUCUUCAAGACCCACCUCCUGGGCCGGCCGGUGGUGCGGGUGACGGGCGCCGAGAACAUCCGCAAGAUUCUGCUGGGUGAGCACACGCUGGUCAGCACGCAGUGGCCCCAGAGCACCCAGAUCAUCCUGGGCUCCCACACCCUGCUCGGCUCCAUCGGUGACAUGCACCGCCAGCGCCGCAAGAUCCUGGCCAGAGUGUUCAGCCGCGCUGCCCUGGAGAGCUACCUGCCGCGGAUCCAGAAGGUUGUGAGCUGGGAGCUGCAGGGCUGGUGCAUGGAGCCGGGCUCCAUCGCAGUUUAUUCCUCCGCUAAAACCUUAACUUUCCGCAUUGCAGCUCGGAUUCUGCUGGGGCUCCGCCUGGAGGAAAAGCAGUUCAAGGACCUGGCCAAAACUUUUGAACAGCUGGUGGAGAACCUCUUCUCCCUGCCCCUCAACAUACCCUUCAGCGGGCUGCGCAAGGGAAUCAAAGCACGGGACAUGCUACAUGAGUUUAUGGAGAAAGCUAUACAGGAAAAACUGCAGAGAAACAACCCAGAAGAUCACAGCGAUGCUCUGGAUUUCAUAAUAAACAGUGCCAAGGAGCAUGGCAAAGAAUUCACCAUGCAGGAGCUAAAGGAGUCAGCGAUUGAGCUCAUAUUUGCUGCUUUUUUCACCACGGCUAGUGCCAGCACCUCUCUGAUCCUCCUGCUACUGAAACACCCCUCAGUGAUUGAAAAAAUAAGGCAGGAGCUGGUGUCUCACGAGCUGUGCCAGCAGUGUGAGCGCUGCCCUGCGGGACCCUGCCCCGGCACCCUAACCACCCAGAGCAGGGACAGCAAGAAGCCACUUCGCCCCACGGCCAGAGAUGCUCGCGAGGACCAGAGCCAGCUCCCGGGCCCAACGGAGGAAGGUUCCACCCAGCCCCACACCCUGCCGGAGCCCACCGUCCCCCAGAGCAGUCCCUGCGCUGACCCCCCGCUCCGGGCGCCAUCAGGGCAGAGCUGUGGCUGCUCCUCGGACAUCAGCCUGGACAAGCUGAGCCGCCUGCGCUACCUGGACUGUGUGAUUAAGGAGGUGCUGCGGGUGCUGCCCCCCGUCUCCGGAGGCUACAGGACAGCGCUGCAGACUUUCGAGCUGGAUGGCUACCAGAUCCCCAAAGGCUGGAGCGUCAUGUACAGCAUCCGUGACACACAUGAGACCUCCCAGCGCCCUCCCGGCGGCUUCGACCCAGACCGCUUCGGUGCCGCCCAGACAGAGGCCGCGGGUCGCUUCCACUACAUCCCCUUCGGCGGCGGGGUGCGGAGCUGCAUCGGCAAGGAGCUGGCACAGGCCAUCCUCAAGCUGUUGGCCAUCGAGCUGGUCAGCACGGCCCGCUGGGAGCUGGCCACCCCCGGCUACCCUGCCAUGCAGACCGUGCCCAUUGUGCACCCCGUCGACGAUGGGCUGCAGCUCUACUUCCGCCCCUUGCAGCCCGGCCGCGGCAGCGAGGCCUGA